GUCUUAGUGAAAUUAACAACCUCUUGCUCUCUUGCGCAGUUCGUUCAAUCGUAUCACGAUGAGAGAUUCCCAUCGACUUUUCUUGAAAAGCCUGAUGUCUAAACAGUUUCUUUCUGAGAAGGAGACUAAGACUCUCUACCAGAAAUCUUACAGCGCCUUUGGAGGUAAGAAAAAGGUCUCAGUUGCUUUUCCUACCUUAUUUUAGUUAUAGAAAAUCUGCACGAAUACUGGUCGAAAUUUAUCAUACGUUAGAAAUAACCCCAUCAAGCGUUUUGAAACGAUUUCAGAUGAAAGCCUUCCAGAAGAUUUUGAAGCAUUCUUAGCAACUGUUAACAAAAAUUUGAAACCUUUCUUCAUGGAGAUCAGACGAGGAGUUUCGGAAGAAGAUGGAGCCGUCCAUUUCGGUUUGGUAAUGUGUUGGUGAUUGUUUUUGUGUCGGAAACUUUUUUAUUUAUGAUCGUUGACUUAACACGACAGGCCUCUGCAACUUUUUUUUACCCACUAAAGCACCCUGAUUUGGUUUUUUUUUCUUUUUUCAAUUAAAAAUAAUUUUGAGUGUCUUGCAAUACACAGAUCACAAAUUUUAAAUUGCAGGGACCAAUCACAUUGUUUUUGUUUGUUUUUUUUUGUUGAUGUUGUUUUUGUUUAUUUUCUUUUUUGUGUAUCUUGCACCAGUCAGACUGGAGCUGCAAACUAACAUCCAAUUUAAAUGGAGACUAAAAUGCUUCAGGUCAACGGGAUUGUGGCAUGCUAUUUGUUUUGUUUUGUUUUGUAUCUUGCAGUAAUCAAUAAAGGAAUGUGAUAUUCUUAUUUUAUUUUGCUACACCAAUUCUAAAUAUAGGAAAUAAGUUUUUUAAUGAAAGUUCUAAUAUGACGGUGUUGUGUUUACACAAGGUAUGUAAGAAGGAAAAACUGCAUGCUUUCAGGGAAAUAAUUGUUGGAACUAUCUGUUCCUUCCUCCCAAGGUCAAUACUACAGAGGACGAGGCUUCAAAACUGGCGACAGAUUUUUCUCCAAGUGAUAUUGCAUUCUUCAAGAAAGCUGUAAGAAUACAUGUAGAAUUAAUUUACCACGAUAUAAGAGCAUCUUGAAAUUAACUUUUCCUAAUUCUAUGUGGAUGAACAAAUUGAAUUUGGUUCAGAUAUGAAAAUUUUCAUAACCUUCAAGGACCAAACAGACGAAUAUGAGAUGACUUCAAUGAUAUGAAUGUUUUCCCUUCAAAGCUGCUUCAUGAAUAAGUAAUGCUUGAAUUAUGGAAAAACACUUAGGUUCAAAGCUUGUGUUUGUAUGUCUGUGCAGAUGGACCUGAUAGUUGCCUCUCCAGGUGGGUUGGCAUCAUCUGUGGAGAUACUCAAUGCUGCACAUGAGUUGGAGAAAACCAUCAAAAUAAAGAUGAGUAUGACUCAUGCUGAGAACCUGGUUGAAAGACUUAUUAAAGAUAAAUGGAUGUCAGAGGUCAGUCCAUACUUAUUAACAAUGUUGAGACUUAAAUUUAAUCAACUCUCUGAUUUUCCAAAGUUAUAAGGAAAUAGUUUUUCCUAAGAAUUUUAAUAGUGGCAGAUAGGUGAUGAUAAUAAAUAAAAUUAUAAAUCAAGGGAUAUAAAUAUUCUAAGAGAUGCUGUAGAGAGGAAUUGAUGAUCAUUAGUUUGUAGAAUUGUCAGUAGAUCUUGGUACUGGAUUCAAAGGUUACUUGAUGGCUUUCACAUUUGACCAAGCCAUAUGAUUCUCCAGUCAAAGGUAGAUGUAGUUGUUGAAAAAAAAGAGCUAAACUCUGACGUCACAACAGAAUAUAUAUGAACAGUAUUCAAUUCAUGGAACUGGUUUUUUUCAUUUCAGUUUUCAGGGUCAUACUCUCUAGGACCAAGAGCAAUGUUGGAACUACGUCCAUAUCUAAAGCGAGUUUAUGAAGAUGAAAUAGUGGACUGUAUGAUUUGUCAUGACAUAGCUGUAAGGGUUAGUGCCUCUACUCAUACGGUUUUUGGUCGAUAGUUGUUAGAUUUUGCAAGGGUUUAUCUCUUUCAUAUUUUGACAAACCACUUUUGAAGUGCGACUGUUUAAUUUUAUGUCAGGGACAGUGUUGCACUCAGUGUGAUGGCAAGCUUCAUAAUCAUUGUGCAGCUCGCUUCUUUAAUGGAAGGUAAUUAAUGUACAUUUUUAAAAAAAUACAGAUUACAAGUGUGAGGUGUGGUGCACUUUGGAUCAAAUGUAGUGAGAUUUAGUGAUCACUUUGAAUAGAGCCAGCUUGGGUAGUGUGUUCAGACUGAUGUAUUUGAGUACUUUGAUUACACAUUUAUGUAACCCUUGAAGUUUAAAAGUGACACAUCAUGAAAUAAACAUUUUAACCAUUUCACUCUCACACAUGAUGAAGAAGUAAUUCUGCUCUAAAAUAUCAGUACAGUAUAGGCAAUGAAAAUGAGGAAAAACAUGAACUUGGGAACAUUACUUGAUUAAACUCUAAAUUCUGGCAACUAAUUAUACAAAAUGUAAAGCAGAGUAAGGAUAGUCAAUUUUGAAUCUUGGAAACGAAAGGGUAUUGUUGCAUCCUUCAAAAAAAAAAGAUUGGAAUGUUCACAUGGGAAGAAUUAUUGUCAGGAUGAAGAGCCAGCUGAACUUUGUGUUUAAGGAGAUAACAAUUUUGACAGAGAAAUAAAGAAUUGUAAGGCAGGAUCUCAGAUGCUGAUCUAGCUUAGUAGAUAUAGGUCUUUUGAGGAACCCUUAAUCUGCUGGUAAAAAAUCCUUGUGUUGUUUGAUUAAACCCAACAGAGCUCAGAAGACGUGUCCAAACAAACAGUGUGGUGCUAUGUGGACACAUAGAGUUCCUCAGUUGUCGACGUCAUCUCCUUCUCAAGUGAAUGGUAAGUUAAAUCAUGUAAAACUAUUUUAAAGAUUGUUAUUUUCUGGUUGUAAAAGCAGUUACCUAUUUCUGUCAUUAAGAAAUUGUUUACAAGUAUUUGGCAUAUGCUUUAUAGACAGAGGUGUGUUUGGGAAGGCUAGAAAAAUCUCCUGAUAAAAUUUGAACAUUUUGCAACAAAGAAAUGGAGAGAACUUUUAAAUAUCAGAGGACUUGCUUGCAAAUUGAUAUUUUAAGUCAGGUAACAGUACUGAUGUAGUUCUUAAUUCUCUAUGCUGGAAAAAAAAUUAAGAAGUGUAUAGAAAAACAGGCAUAACUAAUGUAUGCUAUUGUGUGUUCAAGGUGAAAGUAAUACCGCAGCUGGAAGGCAUCACAAAAAGAGGAGAAAGAAUACAAAGUAACACAGACUUUGAUAUAUGAGGAGACAAACAGAAAAUUGAUUUAAAAAAUUAGGAAUAUUAGACUUUCAUGUUAAGAGCACAGGGAAUUGUGAAAAUUUCCACCAGCAGUUUCACCACACUCUCCGUGUAAAACUAAAUUAUACUCAGCUAAUCUGCAUCAACAGUCAAUUAUAGUGGUAGUAGGAACAUUUUAAGUUAUUACAUUUAUAAGCCUGAAUACUCCAAAAUUGUUUUCCCUUUUUACUUGAAUGUAUGCCAAAAAUUUAUACUGACGUUCUUAAUAAAACAAUAUUUAUACUGAGAGUUCCAGUGUUAAAUGACAUUUUUCUUUCUUUCCACUUUUCACAUUUUAGGUAGUUUUGUGGUAGCAUCUUUGAG